AUGGCCGUCCGCGGCGCCAACGCCCUGACGCCCUUCUCCAUCCAGGCCAUCCUCAACAAGAAGGAGGAGCGCGCCCGCCACGCCGCGGGGCGGCCGCCGCCACCCGGGCCGGCCGGUGGCUGGAGGCUGUGCGGAGCCGCCGAGGGCCCGCCGCUCCCAUCGCCCGCACCCCGCGUCCCGGCACCGCGGACGCCAGCUGGCUGGGACUCGGACUCUGCGCUCAGCGAAGACCCCGAGGGCGAGCGGCGUUCCGAGGAGGAGAGCGCCGGUGCCAGCGCCCGCCCCGCCGAAGUCACAGGCGGCGGGCGGGCGGCGGUGGCAGAGGAGGCGCAACCCCCGGAGGCGGCGGAGCGGGACGCCGGCGGCCUCAGUGACAGCGAGAUGUCGGCCGCCGUCUCGGAUCGCAGCCCCCCGGAGGCGGAGGACGGAGCGGGCAAGUGCGGGAAUCUGUUGCCAGGAGAGGAGGAGGCAGCUGCGCCGAAGCCGCGGAAGAAGCGCUCCCGCGCAGCCUUUUCCCACGCGCAGGUCUUCGAGCUGGAGCGGCGCUUCAACCACCAGCGGUACCUGUCGGGGCCCGAGCGGGCCGACCUGGCCGCCUCGCUGAAGCUCACCGAGACACAGGUGAAGAUCUGGUUCCAGAACCGGCGGUACAAGACCAAGCGGCGGCAGAUGGCCGCCGACCUCCUGGCCGCUGCCCCCGCCGCCAAGAAGGUGGCCGUCAAGGUGCUGGUGCGCGACGACCAGAGACAGUACCACCCUGGCGAGGUGCUGCGGCCGCCCUCGCUGCUCUCCUUCCAGCCCUCCUACUACUACCCUUACUACUGCCUGCCCGGGUGGGCUCUGUCCACCUGCGCCGCAGCCGCCGGCACCCAGUGAGGGGCAAGCAAACAUAACCCACAGCACCCUCCCCACACACACUGGCAGCCAGGAAACCCAUCUCCCCUUCUGCCACCUCCUAUCCCUCCAUCUGCCUGUUCAUCCAUCCAUCCAGCCAGCUUCUCAAAUCCAGAGCCGCAGCUGCAGCUCUCGGUGCCUCGGACAGUAUUUAUUAUUAUUUUAUUGUUGUUUUUAUUGUUAAUAUUAUUUGGAUGGUUCCUCACUCUCUCCUCUUCCAACAUAGGACUUGCGGGCCAUCCCGCCCCGAUCCUCACCCCGUCCCCACCCUGCCAGCCGAGGACUUGCGCGAUUCGGCACGACUAGUUCAUGGUAUCCAUGUUGUCAGUGUAUUUGGUGUAGACUUUUUGUUUGUUUUAUUUCACUUCGGAUUGGUAGAGACUCGAUCUUGUGUGGGACAAAGAGAGAGGAGGAAAAAAAGUAGAGGAGAAAAAAACCUCAAACAAAAGCAACCAACCCGCAAAACCAAACACAGCUCAAAAGAGGAGAUCGAGGACUCCCUCGGUGGAUUGUAAGGAAGAUUAUUUUUGACGUCUGUUUGAGUCCUUGGUCUUCCAACUUGUUGCAAACUGAUUGCGCCUUGUAUGGUGCUGAAUGUAAGGAAGCCUCUUUCAGAUCCCCCCUGCUCUUGUUGUCCAUGUUAUUCCUGUACUCCAUGAGCCCUGGCAAAGGAUAAAUAUGUCACAAAAGGGUGAGACUUACAUUGAAACUCCAGACUUCUUCUUUUCCUUUUUUUUUUUUUUUUUUUUUCCGAGAUCUUUCCGUGUUUGGGGAGGGAGCAGUUACGGAUUUUUCGCACUUUCCAGUUGUAUUAAAGUUGUUAUUAUUAUUUUUAUAUUCAAUGUGAAUAUUUCUAGUCAGGCUUUUUAAGAAAUCGAUGUAAUGAGAAAUCCUAAUACCAUCAGUGCCUUUUAGAGUUCUUCUGCAGCCCUCUCCUUCAGGGGUGUGGAUUUCAGAUCUGCUCAGCAAUGUAAUUACACUCACUCUCUUUCAAGGUAACUCCUUGCUUUCUACUUUUUUCCCUUCUUUUUUUUUUCUUUUUUACCCCCUCCCUUUCUCUUUCAACGACACUGUGCACUCAACUAGAUUAUUUACUUCAAAUGAAUUGUGAAUGUUUGUAAGCUACCCGCUGUACUUUUGGGGUGGGUUUUUGGGUUUUUUUUUUUCCUUUUUAAUUUAUAAACUUUAGUUUAUCACU